AUGCAACUGCCAGCUACUCUCAGUGAUUUACUACUACAACCUACCACACUGUCCCUGUUCACUGAAUAACUCCAGCAGCUUCUGCAGCAGAGUCCAAUUCUCCAUAAUCUCUAAAGGUUCAAGGAGAGUUAUUUUGUAAAAAUAGCAGAAUUGGAAGCGAGAGAGCCAGUGUUAGAAGAAGUGUGUCAGAGGAAGUCAUCAUGUCUCUAGAAGUGAAGGAGAAGACUGAGGUGCGUCUGGUGUUCCUGGGGGCGGCUGGCGUGGGAAAGACGGCCCUGAUCAGCCGCUUCCUCCAGGACACAUUCGAACCCAAGCACCGGCGCACCGUGGAGGAACUGCACAGCAAGGAGUUCGACAUCGGAGGGGCCAAGGUCACCAUCCACAUCAUGGACACCAGCGGCAGCUACUCCUUCCCGGCCAUGAGGAAGCUCUGCAUUCAGAACAGCGACGCGUUCGCCCUUGUGUACGCCAUCAAUGACCCGGACUCCCUGGAGGCUGUCAAGAGCCUGCGAGACGAGAUCCUGGCGGUCAAAGAAGACAAGUUCACACCCAUCGUGGUGGUCGGCAACAAGACGGACCGGCAUGGCGAGAGGACGGUGUCCAGCGAAGACGUGCUGUCCACUGUGGAGCUGGACUGGAACAACAGCUUCUUGGAGACGUCUGCCAAGGAGAACAACAACGUACUGGAGGUGUUCAGGGAGCUGCUGCAACAAGCCAACCUGCCCAGCCGGCUGAGCCCCGCACUGAGACGACGCAGGGAGACCUUCCCCAAAGACGGCAACAAACGGCCCCCCAUGAACAAGACCAACAGCUGUCUCAUUUCCUAAGGCAGAGGGGCUGGAGGGGUCUGACAGACAGACAGAGAGGCUGAGGAUGGGGACCCGAAGCUGGGUCAGUGUUACAGACAAACACAGUGGUGUUGAAUGUGCUACUACUGCUGCUGCUAUAGACCGUGCUGCUGAGUUGGAGUCUGACAGCUUCAAUUCCCUGUAAGCCUCCUCAUCUAACCAUCCUAAGUAUCUCCACCACAGCAUUUCCACUGAAGUAGAGGAAAGGAACACUGACUGUUAAAGGGGAAGUGGAAUUAAUGACAUGACACAGGUGCGGGACAUUGAUAAACAGAAACUAAAUGAAAGAAGUGCAAGAACACUGAAUGUCCUGAAUGUGGUGGUGUCAUUGUUAAAAAUAUACUGUGACAGUGCAAAAGUGGCAAUGAGCUUACUUUGUCAAGUUUUCAAUCUAUGUCCUACUAUGUUACUGUUGUGUUUGCUGUGACUAUGUUACUGUGACGAUAGACAGUUGUGGC